AUGAAAUUCUACGCAGUCGUCGGUAUUGCGGCAGUUUUGGCCGCGCACGCUGUCGCCGCAGAAGAAACCAAAGAGAGUACCCCGGGAACCACGGCCGUAGCGACCGAUAAAGUGACGACCGGAUCGAAAUUGAAUUUCGGCUUUGACGGUAGUGAGUACAGUAUAUUUAUUUUUUUUAAAUACUCGUCGGUUAAUCCGAUGCAUUUUAUCACUACUGUUUUGGUCAGCAAUAUUAUACGAUGGUACCUUUUUAAUAUUAGUGCAGGAAAAAUGUAAUCGAAAUUGGAUCCGCACUAUGAAAGAUUUGGCACGUUUUACAAAUACACUCCUGACCGAUUAACACAGCCGCGAACAGCUCAAAUAUUUUUCGGGGGAGAUGGAGGCUUUAGUCUGUAUGAUAUUUAUCCAAUAAGGAUUUUAUUUGGGUAGGUCUGGCUGAGUUUUGAGACGCUAAACCCUCUAGUCCCUCCCCCUUAUUUGCACCAAUGCCAAUUGAAUUUAUCCUAUGUUAAUUUUGCUACGCAUACUAUGUACGAGAAAAUUCUGUUUUUUAUCGUAUUUUCUCACUGAAACUAUAAACUCAAAUGGAAUUGUUAGUUUGCGAAUUGUAUUCAAUUGGUUAUUUUCAUAGUUUUUCCAAACAGGUGGGAAAACUGGAAAGUUUACGGCAAUAACGGUUUCGUUAUUUUCGAUUUUGUUUUUUUGUUUAAUUCGGUUAAAAAUAUUCGUAGAUAUCUGAAAUGUUCACAGAAUAUUUAUACUAGCCUUUUAUAAAAAUGUUUCAAAUGUUUGAUCUAUUAAUAAGACCUUCAUCAUAAGUUGUACUUAAGGUAAAAAAAAAAAAUUAUCGAGCGCAGUAUAGUGAUUUUUUUCAAAUAUUAUCGAAAACCUUAAAAAUCACGGCAUCCCAAAACAUUGAAACCGAAACUUUGUUCAAUAUGGUUUUUGGCUAGCAACGAAUUACCGUUACUUGCGGAUAUAAUUCAAAUAACUCAACGUUAUUCAGCAAAUUAUUAUUAUUCAGAUUUCAUUUUUAUUCGUUAUUCAGGCUGUACCGCCUUUCGACGUAUAUUUAUUUAUUAAAAAUUCGCCAGAGAUGUUUUUUUAUGAAAAUUCUAUUUGUUGUCCCCAGAUGACAGAUGGUCCUUGAUGCCUAUCAGUUACGGUACGGCUCUGGCGGCGGGCGGCGUUGUGGUGGCCGGAAUCGUCGUGUUGUUAGCGAUCGCCGCUGUGGUCAGCCCGUUUUUCGGCUACAGACUCUGUCAGAUCUUCAGCACUUGCGACGUGCCGGUGAGCCCCGCGUACGCCGGUGACGCCUAUUCCCAGGGAUACGGCUCGUCCCAAUACCCGUCUUACCAGAAGAGGUGAGUUCAUUAUCGUUACCGUCGAAAAAUUGUUAAAAAAAAAAAAAUAAUAAUAAUACCAAUAAUAAUAGUAAUAAUAAUAUAAAGCUAUCCAAAUUAAAAUAAAUAUUAAUUCGCGAUAUGCAAUAUUUUCAAUUGUUGAAUUGUGAAUGAUUUCACAUUAAAAUAAUGCAAUACCUUGUGUAAAUUAUCACUCAUUUAAAACUUACUGGUUCAAUUAAAUCCGUUAUAAUUUUUCCAGGGCAUUUUUAUCCAAUCGUAUUUUUUUUCUUAAAAUUACAUUCGAAUAUUUGUUGAACAGCAUUAAUUCGUUUCGUUUUUUCAGUUUUAAAACUUACCAUUGUGCAAUUUAAGAAACCCUGAUUUUUAACGACCGUACCGAUUCUCCGACAACCGUUAUACAUUUAUUUUACGAUUUCAUUGAUUUUUUUAUUCAACGUUGAAAAUGUAUUCCGAUUCGGAUAUGCGAUAACAGGCGCCUUCGCGAAAUGUAUUAUCGAACCCGUUGUUUUUGGUCGAUUCAAUAAUAAUAAGUCAACGUCAACGGUUACGGAAAGUUUGACACGGUGAAAUUCCACGUGGAAAUUACAAUAACGUUGUAUUAUAGUUUAUACUGUCGUGUCACCAAUAGCCGACAGCGUGUGUGUUUACUACAAAAUAACAUUAUUUGUUUACUCGUAUUAUUUUUUUUUUUUUCUGUUGCGUAGAUCCAUCGAGUACGUCGGGCCGAUACUGCAAGCCUUGAACUCGGCCUACGAAAAGUACGGACACGGUGCCGCGCCGACCCCGGUGGGUCUGAACUCGAUGAAGAAAUUCAACGCCCAGUGA